CCGAUUAAAACUCCUCGAACACCGAGUCUCCGGUCGUCGUCUCCGCGUCCACCCCCCUCCUCAUCUCCACCCCAAGAACCGAACAAUACCAUUGCACCGAGAGGAGACCAGCCAGCCGAGAAGCAGCGCUUCAGCUAGUGACCAGGCAAUGCCGAACGCCGACGUGGAGGCGGGCGGCCCGGCGAGGGCGGUGGCGACGGGGAUCAAGCCGCCGCCGGGACCGCAUAACGCGAGCGGCAACGGCAACGGGCCGUACGUGCCGCCGUUCUACUACGACCACGCGGCCGCGCACGAGCGGCACCACCGGUCGUGGCUGGUGCCGCUGGUGGUGCUCGCCAACGUGGCCAUGUUCCUGGUGGUCAUGUUCUACAACGACUGCCCGCGCAGCGGAGGCAACUGCGUCGGCCGCGGGUUCCUCCGGCGCUUCUCCUUCCAGCCACUCAGGGAGAACCCGCUCCUCGGGCCCUCCGCCACCACGCUGAACAAAUAUGGAGCCCUUGACUGGCAGAAGGUCGUGCACGGGAACCAGGCGUGGCGGCUCGAAAGCUGCACCUGGUUGCACGCCGGCCUCAUCCACCUGCUCGCCAACAUGAUCAGCCUCAUCUUCAUCGGCGUCCGCCUCGAGCAGCAGUUUGGAUUCUGGAAGGUCGGGCUGGUGUACCUCGUGUCGGGCUUCGGCGGGAGCGUGCUCUCGGUGCUCUUCAUCGGGAAGGGAGUCUCCGUCGGCGCCUCCGGCGCGCUCAUGGGCCUCCUCGGAGCGAUGCUGUCGGAGCUCAUCACCAACUGGACCAUCUACACCAACAGAUUUGCAGCUAUGAUGAAUCUGAUCAUCAUCACCGCCGUCAACCUGGCUCUGGGGAUACUCCCCCACGUCGACAACUUCGCUCACAUCGGCGGGUUCGCCACCGGCUUCUUCCUCGGGUUCGUGCUGCUGAUCCAGCCCCAGUUCCGGUGGUUGGAGCAGCCCCUCGGUAGCAAGUCCAAGUCCAAGUACAACGCAUAUCAGAUCAUCCUCCUGGUUGUCGCUCUGCUCUUGUUGAUUGCUGGGUUUGCUGUUGGAUUGAUCAUGGUGUUCCGAGGAGAGAAUGGCAACGAUCACUGCAGCUGGUGCCACUAUCUCAGCUGCGUGCCGACGUCAAGCUGGAAGUGUGACAAUUGAAUUGAACAGUGACCGAUGACGCAUUAGCGUGCUCGCGUCUCACAGAAGAGGAGAGAACGUGCGUCCCCACCAUCGAAGACAAUGUCAAGAUGCAUGCUCCUCAACCUUCGAUGACACUGUUAAUAUAUUGCUUUCAAGUUUGGCUUUUAAAUGGUACAUCGUAUAGAAUUCCAAUCUUGUCCCUUUCGAAUUCUUUGCCCAAGACGAUUUGGUCAGUAGUUCUUGUAUUUGUUAAAAACUCUGUAAAUCGCUCUGCCUGUGUUCUGUUUGAUACGUUUAUUCCUUAUUUUUCUUA